GCGUGUGUGUGCGUGCGUGUGUGUGUGUGUGCGUGUGUGAGAGAGUUGCGUGCGAAGAGCUGACAUGUCAUUGAGAAGAAUCUUCACCUGUAAGCGAGGAAGUCAAGACUUUAAAGCUUCACAACAUUUGAAUGAAGCACAGAAGAGAUUUUAUUCUCUGACUCUACUUCCGCUUGGAUUGAGGAUUGUGUGAGUGGAUUUGGUUUCUUUUGUUUUCUUUUUUCUUUUCUUUUUUCUUUCAUGUGAGAUCACUGCAAAAUUAUACUGGACCUCACUGGCAACCUCGCAGAAAGCUGCGCACCUGUUACCUGCACGGAGCGCAAAACGAUGAUCCCGCCAGGUGACUGCAUGUACGCGGGCAGAAAGAGGAGGAAGCCCAUCCAAAAACAGAAACCGUCGUCUGCUAACGAGAAAACAAAUCCGUCCAAACGACAUCGAGAUCGUUUGAACGCUGAGUUGGAUCGACUGGCGAGUUUGUUGCCUUUUUCUGCUGACGUCAUUUCCAAACUGGACAAACUUUCUGUGCUCAGACUUGCAGUUUCUUACCUCAGAGUUAAAAGCUUCUUUCAAGCAAACCCGGAUAAGACGUCCGGGAAGCAAACCAUGAACCCAGCAUUAGAAGUUAGGAAAGAAAACAACAACAUGGAUGCUGCCGUCAAUGAAAGUUCGCUUCUCUUGGAGUCUCUGACAGGAUUUGCGUUGGUGGUGAGCAGUGAUGGGAUGAUGUUUUAUGCUUCAUCAACUAUUGUGGACUAUCUAGGAUUCCAUCAGACGGAUGUGAUGCACCAGAACGUGUUUGACUACAUUCACAUUGACGACCGCCAGGAGUUUAGAAGCCAGCUGCACUGGGCCAUGUGUCCUCCACAGCACCAGGGGGCAGCAGCGCAUCAGGACAGCCAGCUCACUGCAGGCACUGGUGAGGACUUUGCGGCGAGCAGCUUGUUCAACUCUCCAGAGGCAGGCGGCGUUCCUGCAGAGCUCUCUUGCUUCCUCAACAGAUGUUUCAUAGCGAGGGUCCGAUGUCUCUUGGACAGCACAUCUGGAUUCUUGACGAUGCAGUUUCAAGGUCGGCUGAAGUUUCUGCACGGACAGAAAAAGAAGUCAGCGUCCGGUGCGCCGCUUCCUCCUCAGCUGGCUCUCUUCUGCAUCGCUGUGCCUCUUCUGCUGCCCUCCAUCACCGAAAUGAAGAUGAAGAACAUGCUAAUGCGCGGGAAAAACAAAGGCGGCAUGGUCACCACACUGGAGCAUGGAGAAAGAGGAGAACACCUCCGUAGGCACUCUUUCAGUGGGGGAAUGGACGAUGUAGCAGACCCUCUUCUCCUGUCUUGUCCGACUCCUGGGGGUACCCAGAGGGGUCACCACACGCCUUGGACCCCGCUCACCAAAGACAACCUCAAGUUUCGUCCUGAUGUCUACUAUAACCAAGAAGAACCUCUCAAUUUCUGCAAGUCAUCCAUGUCAUCCCAUAAGGGCCUCAGUCCAGGCCUGGGGAACAGUUGGCCUUUGCGUCCCAGCUCUGGGCUCCUCAGGGGUGGUCAAGGCAUUGGCUACAUCCCAGCUAACCGCUUAAACAAGGCUGGCCAAUAUGGGAAGCCGUACCGCCUUUCUCCCAGCUGCCACAGCAGCAGGAAUGGCGAGGUGUUUGUGUCUAAGCUCUACGGGAACCUCCAGAUCCCGGCAGAACCGGACCCCUACUGCGUAGAUUUAGUGAAGAGCGAGAGCGGCUACGGCGAAUGCUACGACGGCCACCUGAUGACCGAGAUGCCAGCCAUUAAAGUAGAGCACGACUCGGACUCGGAGAAUGGCUGCGACCCUUACGGGCGACCAUGGGCAAACCGGGAUCCGGAGGCAAUGGACCGUCGCUACGGUAACGGGAUAUAUGACCAGAGCUCUGGUGUCCAUCUGAAAUCGGAGGCGGAUUAUUACGACCUGCAGUACUCGCCCUGUCAUCGCGGCAAAGCAGCAAUCAGCCCACCGUACAACACCGGAAACUUCCAGAACUACGCGGUUAACAACAGCGGACGCUUGCUGAAAUGUGACAAAGAUUUGAGCAACAACGACCAAUUCAGCCCUCAGAGACUUUCUCACACUCAAUGCAGUAAUCAAACAAUCAACCUCAUCGACUCUCACGUCUACCAGCAAGAGCCUGAAAAGGCUUACAUGCACCAGGACUUCAAUAAGCACUACGAGUUCAAAGGCCAUGGGCUGAUCCAUUCCAUCAAACGAGAGCCCAUGGACUCCCCGCCGUGGUCCGAGGGCACCCACGACAUCAACAAGGCCAUGACAAUUGGUCCAAGGAACAUUAUGCCGUGUGUGAAAUCAAACCCUUACGUUUAUUUGCCCUAAGCGUCUUUGAAGUGGUGCACUUCAUGCCCCGUCAUCAAGCACACCCAACAUGAAGAGUGAAAGUACGAACAUUCUAUUUGGAUGACAGAACAGGCUCAGGUUCUUGUGUUUGUGUUUGACAAUCAAGUGUUAGCUUUUCUAGUCGCUUUGGAUUAGUGAACACGAGAGACAUCGUUUAUUUCCUGUCAUGUGUUGGACAUUGUAGCGUUCUUCACCAAUCUAAAACUUGCUAAGCAGGUUGAAAAAAUAUGAAGAUCUACUGGACUUCACUGGAGGGUUUUUGUUUCUCAGCACUUUAACUACCACAUUUUAAUACUAAAUGAUAACAAUACUGAUGCAUCGUGACAAUGUUACCUGCUGGAUGACCGCUGGAACUACACUCAGUGGAUCCUCCGAGGUUUAACACAAUCAAUCAAUCAAUCAAUCAAUCAAUCAAUCAAUCAAUCAAUCCCCUCAGUUCGUCCAUCCAUCCAUGUAUAUUUAUCUACAUAGUUAUAAUGUACAAACAUGAUUUUGCAAUGGAAAUGAUGGAAAUAAAAAUGCAACUUUGUGAUACAAUAUUAAUGAGGUCCAAAGUUAUAAUAAUGACGUAGCUGUAAUUACAGUAUAACCCGUUCAAGUUGACACAAGCGUUUGUCGACAUAACCGAAAAUAGCUUUAAUUGAGUUUAUGUCGAGUUUAGCCACCAGUGCAUUUGUAAGCUAAACAUCUAAAAUAAAACAUUGCAAUGUUUACAUUAUUUAGUUGCUAUGUUAGAAUCAAGUUAAUACUGCCGUGCUUUUUUUUAAGCUUAGUUUGCACUGAACAGGACGUGAGUGUGUGCAUGUGUCAAAGGGGACCGAUUAUGAUUUUUUUUUUUUUAAAUAUACAUUCAAAACACUUCCUUGUGGUCUAAAGAACAUGUAAUGGUGGUUCUUUGGUCAGUAUUUUGCAUGGAUUCUGUUUUACAGACCAUCUUCAAGUUACUUUCUGACUGUCUCUUCAGGACGUUUUGGAGGCAGUCUUAUUUACGUGCCUUCACUUCAACUGCGUCAACUCUCUGUUAGCCAUGUAGUAGUUUUUAGACCUUCCAUAGGUAGUGUAGUGACAGAUAUAAUUUAGAACAAUACACUGCUUUAAAUUAGAAAAUGGCAACAGCGAAGGAUGCGUGUGCAUAUACGAGCCAGUCUGCCCCACAACACGAGGAUAGAGAAAAAGGAGUUUAUAGCUGGGAUGUUACCGACGUCACAUAUGGCUCACGUCCCACCCAUUAAAUACUGUAUGUGUGGUGGUCAAGCUAGCUCUGUUUUCAAUGGGUACUAGGUGCCAUUUAGCUUUUAUCAAAGAAAAAAUGCCCUAAGCUUGUGUUGGUUUUGUGUAAGAACCGUUCAAAUUGCCAGAAAGAUAAAUGUUCUUCGAGAGGUAAUUAAAAAGGGAUGAAGAGUGCAAGAUUUGACGAAACGACGAGAAAAGAAGCACACACUCCAGUCAAAGAAUGCAUAAGUUUACAGUGAUCAAAAUGUUGAAGGUUUGUUUCUACUUUUAACGGUUAUUAUUUACCAUUUAAGUAUUAUCUUGAUAGUAUUUGUUUUUCUUAAUCACAUUUUUGCUACGAUUGUUUCAAAAAGCAUCAACUCGGCGAGUCUAAAUAAAAGAAACACACGUUUUUACCAAAGGCAGCAAUCAUAAAUGAAGCUGUCCGCACAUACAUGAUGUUGACACCAAUAGUUAUAUUUUGAUAAAGACGGCGAAAAACACGCUACGCAAAGUUAAAUCAUUUGCAUGCAACCUUACCGGAGCAAAAACGAUGCAUAUUUAUCGGAGUCUUGAUAGCAAUUUCCUUGACCCAGCCACACACAAAUAAUUUGUAGACCUCCAUGCUUUUCCAAGUUACCAUCUGUUUUCUCGGGAGAACAAUACGUUGAUAUGUCUGAGAGCAUGACCCAAGUAUAAUCCUUUAUAUCACUUGAAAAAUAUUUUUCUGAUAAAAGUAUCGGGAUAUAUUCCAUUAGAUUGUUUGCUUUUUGCAGGAAGAUUUAAGCCUCUUUUGUACUCAGAUAUUUCCACGCUGCUAGCUGCACAACAGCCAUCUUGGCUUGGUUGACCACCACUGCUUUUCACUUCCGGAAAAAAGUCAUGUGACGGAAUACAAGCAAUUGACUACGGUGUCAGACUGCAAUGCCGUAUUGGCGCAAAAAUCUUCGGGUAAACCUCUACCAUGUAAUGGAGAUAUCCGCUGACCUCACAGAGCAGAUAAUGUCAAAGGACAGAGCCAAUUCCAAUUAGUUUGUAGAAAGAAUAAAGGAAUGCAAUACUCUUUUAUAAACAUCUCCAAAAUGCUUCCCUGAUUUGAUUUUGAAUUUAUGGGACUUAUGUGGAUCCCACAUACACAAAGUAAGGUACCAUCUGGUAAGAAAAGUUGUUUUUUCAUAAUAGGUACCCUUUAAUUUAGUGUCAUUACACUGUAAUAAUGUUGCUGCUUAGUGAUAAUGAUGAAGUUAAUAAUACAACACACGACAACAUUAACAGACCAUUUUUUAUAGAACUGUGUUGUGGUUGACUUUAGCGGACACUUUUUUAAGUAUUAGGUGUAAGAAGAAGAUGUGGACUAGGACUUGAUGAGUUAACCAACAGCUUGUCGACAUAAACCGUCCUAAAUUUUGUACAUAUUAUCCCUCAAAUUGUAUGUCAACAAAAGCUGUCGAUAAUGUAUGCUAAGUCAACUUAAGAGGACACGAGACAGACCCAAUGAGUUGUUUGUCGAGUUAAAACGGGUUCUACUUAGCAUGUAGCUCACCAGUAACAUAAAGGCUUGUGAUUGGCUGCAGAAGCUUGUCAACAAAGUGUUUCCUCUCUGUUACAUCAGCCAUUUUCAAAUGGUAAGUUUUGUCUAAUUUUGGUGCUCAACUUAUAGCUAUACAGUAGAAUGCAUAUUGAUAACAUUUUAUCAUUUAUGUUUCGACUCGUUCUGUAUGUAUAUGCCUUUUCAAAUAAGAACAACUCAAAACUCAACGGAUUGUGUUCUACCUCAGAGGUUCUACUGUGCAAAAAAUUUGAUAGCGUAGUAAAAAGGGGAUUCAUAUAACCCCAUUUGUUGCAGUUUACCUGACACAUGAAACAUGCUGAUUUUGUGGGGGCACUUUCCACUUUAGUUGGCAGUAAUGUUGAAUAUCUUAAAAUAUGUUUUGUGGGAAUUCCAAAUUUGAUUACAGCGUUCAUUGCUGUGUAGGGUGGUGCUUUCUGUCAUUUUCAGCAGAUUGCAUUUCCAAAUGAUUAACCCCGCCUCUCUCUUUCACACAAAAUUCACCCAGGAACGGGGCCAUAUGAAACCCUUCUCUAGCCUAUUUCUACAAUUUUCAGUUAAAUGACAAAAAAAUGUCAAGUUAUGAGUAUUUUUCAUAAUAAAUCAAAACAGCUAGUUUUUUCAUCAAGUGACAUCAUGGGAGCACACAGGAAAAUUACAAAACUGUAUUCAAUGUCCUUAUAAACUGUGAUUGGUUGUAUUAGAAAUUAACAUAUCAAUUAGGAUACAUUUUUAUUAUGAUAUGUUAUAAUCAACAACAUUGGCACAAUGAGUAUCUAAGCAGGGAAGUCCAAAGUUUGAUCUUAAAGCCAUUUAUAGCUUACAACUCAUUUUCUAUAGUUUCACGACACAAUGCAAAAAUGUACAACUGCUAAAAAAAAUGGGGGAAAAGAGCUAAAAGGAGUACAUUUACAUAAGAACAAAAAGUAGAAAUAUACAAAGUAAUUUUUACAAAUAUAUAUAUAUAUAUAUAUAUAUAUAUAUAUAUAUAUAUAUAUAUAUAUAUAUAUAUAUAUAUAUAUAUAUAUAUAUAUAACUUAUUAGCAUAUUGGACUGGUUUUAGCCUUUUGUUUUUUACAAAAUGACAAAUAUGCAAAUGGUAUCCUAAAUACAAAAUAUACUUGUAUGCUUUAAUGUUUGAGUAUUCUUCCUUGACACUCCUGAUCUACCGGCAACUCUGCACUGAAUUACACAAGCACAUUGUACAGUUGGAAGGGGAUUCACAUGGCCCCACUUGUCGCGGUUUACCUGACACAUGGAAUGGGACAAUUUGGGGGCGGUUGCCAGAUGGCAGUAGAGUGUUGAAUAUCUUAAAAUAUGUUGCUAUGAAGAGUGGCGCUUUCCAUCAUUUUCAGCAGACUGUAUUACAACAGGAUCAACCCCCCCUCUUUCUUUCACUCAACAUUCACCCAGGAAUGGGGCCAUAUGAAUCCCUUCCCUACUAUAAUUUUACACAUUAUGUUGUUUUUUUAAACUGAAGGAGAAUACUUUUUUCUUGUUGUUGUUGUUGUUGACAUUUUUAGUCGUCUGUCAAAACGCACAAUAACUUCCUAAACGUUGAAAUGAGAUCAAAUGUCUUUUAAUGUCACAGCUUAUGUUAUACAGUUUGUAAUAGUGUUCACUUUAAGAUCAUCGAAUAUGACACUUUUUGUUGUGUUAGCAAUGUUAAGUCAACAAAAUGUCACAAUCAGUGUUUUUUGCACCAAAAUGAAUUCAAGGUCAACUAAGAGUAGUUUGGUUGAAGUUCACUUGUUUUAUUUUAGUCGACAUGCACAAGCGUACAUUUUGUUGCCGUUAUGAAUUUGUCCUUUUUUCUUUAUGUGUGCUCAUUUCACGUUGAGAAAUCCUAUUUAUUGUAAGGCAAACGUGUGACAUUUGAAAUCUGCAGUUUGAAGUUUUGAAGUAAAUCCAUGUGGCUUUUUCUUGCUACUGUUUUGUAAAGGUGAAAGAAACGUGUGUUAUUGAGGGAAAACAAGUUGAGUACACAUGCAGUGUCUUCCAAUGUUUCUACGUCUUUUUGCAAAUCAGACUUGCUAUCUAUUAAACAUAAUUUUCUUGAUAUGGAAAACUGUGUUGUUCUGUGUUGCAAAUAAAGAAAUUGUUUGUGCUUCA